GCGGAGCCGUAGCGGAUGGCGGAGGAGGAUGAGGAGGCGCGGGCGCUGCUGGCGGGCGGCCCCGAGGCGGGCAGCGGAGUCCCGGGCGGCGCGCGUGCGCUCCCGGCCCUCUGCGACCCCAGCCGCCUGGCGCACCGUCUGCUGGUGCUGCUGCUGAUGUGCCUGCUGGGCUUCGGCAGCUAUUUUUGCUAUGAUAUUCCUGCAGCCCUUCAGACCCACGUUAAACGCGAUAUGCAGGUGAAUACCACGAAAUUCAUGUUGCUGUAUGCCUGGUAUUCUUGGCCCAAUGUAGUUUUGUGUUUCUUUGGUGGUUUUUUGAUAGACCGAGUAUUUGGAAUACGAUGGGGUACAAUUAUUUUUAGCUGCUUUGUUUGCAUCGGACAGGUUAUUUUUGCUCUGGGUGGAAUAUUUAAUGCUUUUUGGCUAAUGGAACUUGGGAGGUUUGUGUUUGGGAUUGGUGGAGAGUCCUUAGCAGUUGCCCAGAAUACAUAUGCUGUGAGUUGGUUUAAAGGCAAGGAGUUAAACCUGGUGUUUGGACUCCAACUCAGCAUGGCCAGAAUUGGAAGUACAGUGAAUAUGAACCUCAUGGGUUGGCUGUAUUCUAAGAUUGAAACUUCACUGGGUUCCAGUGGUCACAUGACUCUGGGGGUGACACUUAUGAUCGGGGGUAUAACAUGCAUUCUUUCACUAAUCUGUGCCUUGGUCCUUGCUUAUUUGGAUCUGAGAGCAGAGAAAAUCCUUCAUAAAGAACAAGGAAAAACAGGUGAAGUUAUUAAAUUAACUGACAUCAAGGACUUCUCCUUACCACUCUGGCUGAUCUUCAUCAUCUGUGUCUGCUACUACGCUGCCGUGUUCCCUUUUAUUGGGCUUGGGAAAGUAUUCUUUUCAGAGAAAUUUGGAUUUUCUUCACAAUCAGCAAGUGCAGUUAACAGCAUUGUGUAUAUCAUCUCGGCUCCCAUGUCCCCAAUAUUUGGGCUCUUGGUGGAUAAAACUGGAAAGAAUAUCAUCUGGGUUCUUUGUGCGGUGGCCGCCACACUUUUGUCCCACAUGAUGCUGGCCUUCACCCUGUGGAACCCAUGGAUCGCUAUGAGUCUCCUGGGACUCGCCUAUUCAUUGCUUGCCUGUGCACUGUGGCCAAUGGUAGCGUUCUUAGUUCCAGAGCAUCAACUGGGAACUGCGUAUGGAUUCAUGCAGUCCAUUCAGAACCUCGGGUUGGCCGUCAUUUCUAUCUUUGCUGGCUUGAUACUGGAUUCUCGGGGAUACUUGUUUUUAGAAGUUUUCUUCAUUGCCUGCGUUUCUUUGUCCCUUUUGGCUGUGAUCUGUCUUUACUUGGUGAAUCAUGGCCAAGGUGGGAAUCUAAAUUAUUCUGCAAAACAAAGGGAAGAAAUGAAACUUUCUGAUCCUGAAUAAGACCGUGAAAUGUCUGUGCCGUGGGAAUGGGCAGCUCACACUGAUUUGGAAGUGUCUAUGAAGAUUUUCCAGAAACAUCUCUGAAGAUGUUCCUUUUUAAAAAAAGAGUCAUUUAGAAAAGUAAUAGAGUGGAAAAUAUGUUUCAAAUACACCUGUUUAAAAUGUGUUUAUGCAGACUGUUUUAGCUCUAUAGUUUUUGUACUGUGUAUUGCUAAAGCAUUCUAAUCAGUCUAGAAAAAAUUGGUCUGGAGCAUUCAGUGGACUUCAGAAAGCAGUCAAUGAUGGAAAGUGCUGCAUCUUGUAUUUUGUGGUUUUUAGCACAAGCAUCCUCAGGACGUGGCAUUAUCUUUGUAUUGUAGCAGGGAAAAGAAAAUCCCAAGCCAUGAGGUGGGGUCGAAGGCUCUUCAGAAUCAGUGAUGACAUUUUGAGAGGUAUUCUCUGUGUCACAGACAAUGGUUGCAGUUGCUUCAAGUUCAUCCCUGGGAGGUUGUCUUGUUCAUGAGGAUUGCUGAGCACCGAACUUUUUAUCUCCACCUGGACCUCAUUUUGUCUUUCUGAACAGUUUUUUUUUUUUUUUUCCUU